GUGUGUGUGUGUGUUAGAGAGAGAGUUGUUGGUGAGAGAGUAAAGGAGGUGAGGUAGUCAGAGACAGAGAUAACUCUGACACAUACAGACACAGAUAGAGCGACAGAUUCGUGAUCUGAGAUGUGCAGAAGUGUGUAUUUGCUAGUGCUGAUAUUCAGCAUCAUCAGCGGCAGUCUGAUCUCUUCAUCAGCUGUGACUCAGACUGUUAUCCCAGGAGAAAACAUCACACUGCACUGCAACAUCACCCAAAGCACUGAGGUGGUCUGGUUCUGCUCCACCACCCAGGAGCUCACCGUGAUCAUAUCAGCCACCAAAGGAAACUUGGAUAUGGAGCUACAAGUGAAUUACAACAAAGAUCCUGAUCACUUCAAGGUGCUUUUUCAAAAUGUCUCUCUGAGUCUGAUCAUCAUGGACAUCAGACAGUCUGAUACUGGCCUGUAUUACUGUGGUUCCAGGAAGGAGGGGAUUCUCUACUUUGUGAGAGGUGUCCGUCUGCAGUUUACAGAUGCAGUGAGGUACAUGUCAGGGAGUGCGCAGUGCUGGACGCCUCUCAUUGCUGUCUGUUGUUCAUUCGCUCUGAUGAUCACACUCUGUCUCAGUGUCGCCUACAAACGAGGCCUUCCUUCAUCCUGCUGCAGGAAGUGUGUGAAAGAUAAUGACUUAAAGGACACAGAUUUGCAUUAUGCAACUCUCAGACACAAUGCAACACCUCAGGCGAGAAACCUUCAACCAGCUAACUGCGACGUGACCUAUGGCAGAGUCGCCAAAAACAUCACCAAUAAUCUUAAUUAGGAUAAACAUCUGCUUUACUACUUAAGUGUGUGUGUGUGUGUGUGUGUGUGUGUGUGUGUGUGUGUGUGUGUGUGUGUGUGACAGAAGAACAAGACCAAAUAUAUUUCUCAGUAAAUACAUUUUUUUCUUUUUCAGUAUUAAUUUAUUACACUUUGCUUAUUUGCAUAUCAUUUGCAUAUUCUUAUUGUAGCUUAAACACAAUCAUAUAUGUAGCUUAA